AUGAAUUAUAUUUUAGUGAUAUUCUUUUUGAAUUUGCAAUGUGUAUAUGCAACAAUUUGUGGAGGUAAAAAUGGAACAUCAUGCUGUAUUGGGUACAAGUGGGAUCAUAUUCUAAAGAAAUGUACACCCUGUGAAGAGGGAUACACAGGAACAAACUGUGAAACAGUGUGUGUUUACCCUUCUUAUGGAUUGGACUGUCAAUUAGUUUGUAACUGCAUUGCCAGUGAAUGUGAUCAUGCUAAUGGUUGUGUUCGAGAUUUAAAAGACUUUUCUCAUCAGUAUACAACUAAUGUCUUGGAGGAAACGGCACAAUUUGAACUGUCAACAAAAGAACCUUUUCACGUAAAAGCUAAUACAGUAAAGGCUGCAGGUACCCCAACAACGCGCAUCGUAAAUCACCAAAGUACCAUGACAAAGAUAGAACCAAUGACAAUUGGAAUAAUCAUUCUUGCAGCAGUGUGUUUCAUUUUAGCAAUUGUGAUUCUUUAUACCUAUCAGAUGGAAAAUUCCAAAGUUUGCAUUAAAUAAAUGCAAACACUUGUCGGUACAUUGUCUCGCUCUUCUAUAUGAUUAUGUUUAUAAAAUGUUAUGCUAUACAAUAUAUUUUUAUAUUUGAUGAUUUUUAAAGGCUCACCCCUUGUUUUAUUGUAAAGUUUCUCUUUACAUGUACCGUGU